UUUUCCGGAGAUCGCAGUUACGAAAACGACAGCCAACGUGCCGCGCGCCGUGCUUGAACGAAGUUCUUUCUCUGCAAUCAUUUCAGGGAAAGAUUUCUUUACUUUGAGUUCCUAAUUUCAAAUACCGAACGAACGAAUUACUGGAUAGCAGAUUUAUUGUGAGACACAUCAUAGAAAGCUGAAUUCAUUUUCGCGCCGUCAUUCGACAAUGCAGCAAAUGCAAAAUAUAUGAAAAUCUCUCCACCACGUCUAGUAUUUAACAAACGAAACAAGUCGAUUCAGCUUUACUUUUGCAUGUACCCGAAGAUAGAAAAAACGUACGAAAUAACUUCGAGUGACGUAAUCUUGAAAAUAUUGAAUAUCGUCAGUAAAAAAUGAGCAAGAACCCCCACGAUCUGUUAGAAUAGACCGAGUGAUCAUUUACAUUUACUACCACAUUUUAAAAGUGUGAGCGCAAAUAACCAGCGGAUACCGGAAGGUUCAACCAAAAGUGAUUUUGUUCAUAAAAAUCUGCAAAGCUCCAAGUGAAAUUUUGUUUAUCAGACAUUUUGUAACAAAUCAUAUCACUUGGAUCGCGCUUAAAAGAAAAAAGAUAAAGCUUUCAUGUGAAUAUGGAUAUGUAGCAAUCUAAUGCUUCGAACUAAAAUUUGAAUUUAGUGUGGAGCAACAAAUGUCAAUGAGUUUAUUUUUCAUUGAGUCGAAUACUAUUUAAAAAUAAUUUUGAUACACAAUUUCAUUUGUGCAUAUACAGCUGGUUGUUUUCGAUUUCAAUGUUCUAGACUUUUACAUAAGAAUCGAUAGUGCAACAUAGAAUUAUCUGUGCAAGCUACGACAAAAUCUUUGUUUAAUAUUUAGAAAAAUAAAACGACCACGAAAAGUUUUUCGCAAUGGACGCCUGUGAAAUAGCCAGCUUCCUAGCGAAGGAACUGUUUAUGAACCAGUUUGCUUCCUUCGACGGCAUACACAGUGGAGUUCCUACAAAAACGACACCAACGCUUACACCGACCACGCUCAAAACUAUUGAGCAAACAUUUAUGGAACUAACCAACGAUACAUCCAACAACAUUCCCUGUCAAGCCGGAUUCGUUCCGCCGCCGUUUCAGUUUGAGGACCAUAGUCAGGACCAGGAGAACAGCCGCGAAUCUAUGAGUUCGGGCAGCAACAGCUCAUGGCAAGUUACUCCCCCACCCAUAAUCUCAGAAGAUAUGGACUCCAAAGAUUCUAGUACUUCACGGGAACCAGCAUCCGAGUCGAGGUUGGUGCUAUCGCGCGGAGGUGGGAUGCAGGUUGUUAACGUCACGGCCCAACAAAACAAUGCAACAGCGAAGCUGCUCAACACGUCUAAUGCGAACGCUAAUGCUUCACUCACGAGCGCCCCCACUCGUAACAAUUCCCGUCGCAUGGGUGGAAGACGUCCGACCAAAGCUUCAAAUCUCACCCCGGAAGAAGAAGAGAAACGCCGUAUCCGUCGUGAGAGGAAUAAAAUGGCGGCUGCUCGUUGCCGUCGUCGACGGGAAGAUCACACCAACGAACUGGUUGACGAAACAGACCAACUAGAGAAAAGGAAACAAGCUCUGCAAGACGAAAUUAAGCAGCUUCAGCAAGAAAAAGAAGAUUUAGAAUUUUUGCUCGAAUCACAUAGAGAGCAUUGUCGCUUCCAGGGUCGUCGCAGUUCGCUGGAAAAGAAACCCAUCGAACUACCGUCACAGCAUGUUGCUGCCGAUCAUAAGGUUGUACUUCCAAUGAAGAUAAAGAUAGAACCGGAAGAAUUUGAGCAACCACCUGCCAAGAAGUUGAUCCUUUCUAACGUUAUAACUGAUAGUUUGGAUACACCGACGCCGACCAAUAUCGCACCAGUGCUGACCAGUGUGAACCUUCCAAAGACGAUGCAACAUCCCUUCAGUGGUCUCAAUACGCCUGUUUUCAGCAGCGGCCGUCCGACUAGACCGGCCAGCUUGGACGUGAAAGCGACUACUCCCUUCCCGUUGCUGAACGUUCGAAGUAUCGCAAUGGAAACUGGUGUUGGUGUCUCUACACCUUCCAAUGGGCUCUUUAACUUCGACAGUUUAAUGGACGGCGGUACCGGUUUGACGCCCAUCGCAGCACCAAUCUCCCUCCAAUCGAAUCGCGGUCCGCUGGAUUUAAUUACGCCUAGUACUAGUGAACCAUCGAAAUUGUGCAGCCUAUGAAUGAACUUUCAUCAAACGAAAAGAAAUCUAAUUGGUCAAGAAUGAAUGAACGUGUUAUCAGUAAUGGCGUUGUGAUUUUAAUCUUAAAAGAUAAAAUUAUUGUGCGAAAUAUGAGUUAUAGAAACGAAUGCUUGAAAUGAUGAAACAGUCGCCACUUAGUGAUCGAACUAUACGUGUUAGUUCUGUUAUUUUUUUAUUGCGAAUCAUAGUUUGAUAACUAAGAUUAUAUUUAUAAAAUUAAACCCAGCGCAAAAAGAUGUUAAAUAAUCAUUAGUAAAAGCUUAAAUUUUACAACAGUUGCUUUUCCCUAUGAUCACUUGCCUUGGAUUUAAAACAAUCUCUUCGCUGUUGGCUAUUGAUGAAUGCUACAAAAGCUCAAUUCGAUGGACACAGUAGUCAAUUCCCCCCUACAAAAAUAAAAAAUGUUGAAGACCAAAUAUAAUGAAUCAAAUGAAGGCUCAAACAGAAACUUGGAUAAGUAUUUUUUAAUUAGUUUGCAAAAAGCCAUGUGAAGGCUUCGCAUCCCUCCAUCUUUAGGAAACUUAGAUUAGGUCCUGUAUCAGAAUAAGAACUGUUGUGAUAAAUUGAACGUUCGAAAAAGGAAAAGAAACGCAAAUAAUCUAAAUGACAAGAACAUUGAUAUUUACAAUUUAUUCACGUAAUUUUGGUUUUAUCCCUAUGAGUACCAGAAUAGUUUCUGCAAUAGUAUCGAGAAUAAACAAUAUUAUGCAAGAAUUAAUGGACUUAACCGAUAAAUUAAUUAUUUAAUUAAGAUUACAUAGAGAAGCCAUAAUUUUUUAAAAUACCAAUGGAAACCAAAAAAAAAUGUUGAUAACAAA